AGACCUCCGAUUGUCAUUAGUCGUUCCACGGAAGCUGGGAGAGAUUGUUUUCUAAAUCGCCAUCAAAAUGAAGUUCGUUGCUGUCGUUUGCUUGAUGUUCGCCCUGAUGGGCAUUGCCUUGGGCCUCAAGGAUCCCGUUUGUGGACAACCUGCUGCAGUGGAAGGCAAUGGUAUCAUCAAGUGCGCCGCCUUCGUACCCAGUUUCAGCUACUAUGCUGAAAGCAAUUCCUGCAAGGACUUCGUCUACGGCGGCUGCGGAGGAAAUGAUAACCGAUUUCCAACCCAAGAGCAGUGCGAACAGAAGUGCAAGGAAUAAUAUUUCAAAAACUCUAUCUGACAUCAAAAAUAACUAAUAAAAUGCUUUCAGUGAAUUUCAUAAGAA